AUGUUUGUCCCCCUGCCGGUCCCCUUCGUCUUUCAGAGAACAGCGUCCGACUUCAGCGCCUGGAGACUCAAGUCCUCGCUGGCUCCGCGGACCAGCCCCGAUCUCAGAAUGUCCAAAGCUUCAGGGGAGGAGAACCCUGGAGCUGAAUAUCUGGGGGACAGCUCAGACUCUGACAGAAACAGCCCUGAUGACCAGGUCCAGAUGAUAAAAAGCUCCUACAGCGUGUCUCCCUCAGCCGCCGGCAGCAAGGGAAAGAGCGAGGAGAGUUUAGAGAUGACACACAGCUCUGCUCCUCCUGCACCUCCUGCUCCUCCCCCCCAGCAGCAUCACCACACCCAGCUGAUGCUGGCAGGCAGUCAGCUGGCAGGGCUCGCCGCGCUCCUCCCGGCCCAGCAGCAGCUGCUCCUCCAGCAGGCUCAGGCUCAGCUGCUGGCGGCGGCCGUUCAGCAGUCGAACGCUGCGCACGCCGUGCACGCCGCCCACGCCGCCGCACAGCAACAGGCCAACCAGCAGCAGCAUCAACACAACCCAUCACAGACCCAGCAUCAGCCAAACAAACCGGAGCAUCCCGUCCCGGCCCCCCCUCCACAGCUGGCGCUGACGCAGCCCAUCCAGCUCACGGCGCAGGACAUCCAGCAGCUGCUGCAGCUCCAGCAGCUGGUUCUGAUGCCGGGUCAUCCCCUCCAGUCCCCGGCCCAGUUCCUCCUGUCUCAGCCUGCGCAGUCCCAGCAGCCUCAGCAGGGUUUGCUCUCAACAGCAAAUCUGAUCCAGCUACCUCAGCAAAGUGCAGGGGGACUCCUCACCUCCCCACCUCGCAUGGGACUCCAGGCACAGAGGGAGAAGAGCAGCGAUGCUGGGAGCACUGGUGGAGCUUCUGUAGCUGCCAGCGUGAGCAGUGGCGUCGUGACCUCUGUUGGCUCCAGCUCUGCGUCCAGCAGUGCCAUGGCGUCCUCGUUAACCUCCGGCCUGACCCCCAGCGCUCAGGGCGCUCACAUGACCGAAGAGCCCAGCGACCUGGAGGAGCUGGAGCAGUUUGCCCGAACCUUCAAACAGCGACGCAUUAAGCUGGGAUUCACACAGGGCGAUGUGGGCGUGGCCAUGGGAAAACUGUACGGCAACGACUUCAGCCAGACCACCAUCUCCCGCUUCGAAGCGCUCAACCUGAGCUUUAAGAACAUGUGCAAGCUGAAGCCGCUGCUGGAGAAGUGGCUGAGUGACGCCGAAACCAUGGCGGUGGACAGCAUGCUGCCCAGCCCCUCCUCCAUCUCCUCCCCCCUGCUGGGCAUCGAGGGUCUCCCCGGCCGACGCAGGAAGAAACGCACGAGCAUCGAGACGAACGUGCGAGUGGUGCUGGAGCGCAACUUCAGCUCGAACCAGAAGCCAACGUCAGAGGAGAUCCUGCUGAUGGCGGAGCAGCUGAACAUGGAGAAGGAGGUGAUUCGGGUUUGGUUCUGUAACCGCCGGCAGAAGGAGAAACGCAUCAACCCGUCCAGCAGCAGCACCCCUCCUCUGUCCAGCCAGACUUCGCCUGUCGUAACGCACAAAACCCACUGCUACAGCCCCCACAUGAUAUCGAGCCACGGUCUGUCCCAGGUCACCACCAGCCUCAGCACAACAGGUGCCAGUUCGUCACCUUCAGCUUCCUGCCCCAUGACUCCAGUCAGCUCGGCUGCCAUGUCUUCUUCUGUGACUCCUCCUCUUCCUCCUCAGAGCACAGCCAGCCCGGCUCCUUCCAGCCUCGGGACGCCCGGGCUCAACGCCGGGAACACAAUAAUGGGAGUGAACGCAGGGAUGAACCAGGCCCUCAUUGGCAGCAAUCCUCUGGCUACCAUGCAAGCGCUGGCAGCCAGUGGCGGGCAGCUGUCCAUCUCCAGCCUCGACGGGGGGCCGGGUCACAUGUUUCUGGGUGGACACAGGGGUUCUGCUGUCCCCCCCUCCCUUCGCCAGUCCCUCUUCCUCAACCGCCCCGGCCUCCUCCCCAUGGUGACCAGCUCCGCAGUGACAUCAUCUGCGCCCGCCAUGGGAUUGGUCAGCGGCAGCGGUGGGUGUGGCCCAAGACCCUCCUUCUGUCAGUCUCCGCCCACUGGCACCAGCAACCUCAUGAGCCCAACUUCGUGCCCCGAGGAGUCUGCGUCCCCUUGUUCAAGUCCCGCCUCUUUCUGUUCCUUCAGCGAAGCUUCGCCGCCCCCUCUGGGGGGCGCCAUGGCUGAGUGAUCGCUGAUGACCAGCAGAGGGGUCCCCUCGGAGC